UUGCAAGAACAAAUUGGAAGACUAUAUUCUUAUCGUAGUUGCUAUGAAGACAGCUGUAGAUGAAAAUACAGCGCCAAAUUCGUCGUUAAGAAUUUUGCUUGGUAAUUUGAUUGCUGCAAUGGAAAGAGAACUCGAAAAGUUAGCUGAGAUUGUCGACAAUUAUCCCAUCGAGGAAGUAAGAAAUGUUAUUUCGCUUUUGCCUAGUACGGGAGGAAGACCUGCAUAUAACAUCACCAAGAAACAUAUACAAAUUGUUUUGCGUUUUUUGUCAUGAAUAUGGAUGAAUGUGAAAGACAAACAGGUGAGAAUUUGUACAUGCUUCUUGUGGUUUUCAAAAGCUCUAUGAAUCAGAAGAAGAUUUGACAAGAAUGGUUUCAAAAGUUGUAAGUUGCUGGUUUAAUGAUGUCUAGUGAUAUUAAGAAAUAGAAAACAGUCAUGUAAAUAGUACUUAUUAGUAUAAUUUAAAUUAUUAAUAAAUUAUUAAUAUAAAUUAUUAUAAAUAUAAUCACUUUAAGCAUGGUAGAUAUACAGACUGUAGUAACGGCAGAUAUACAGACUGUAGUGACAAACGUUCUCUUUAAUUUGCGGUGCCAGUGUAGUGUAUCGCAGAAUUCGCUGCGUUUGGAUAUGUAACCUACGCACCUGUAAAAUGCAAGAAAUUUUACAGGUAGUUUACCUAUCCAAACACACAAAGGUUGUCUUACCUUCAUCUUAAUAAUAGACUGCGUUACAAGGCUUACUAAGGACUUUUAGACUUCACUUCAUGUUCAGACUGCAAAUUUGCAAACAACCAUUUCUACAAAAAGCCUAUUCAACUUAUUAACAAGCUUUGCAGAAGUUUGAUUAACAAUUUCUGUUAACCUAGGGUUAGUUUCCCUAGGUUAACAAUAACAGAAAUCCUUAAUCAAACUUCUGAAAAGUUUGUUAAUAAGUUGAAUAGGCCUGUAUAGUAAAUAUGGAUGUUUAAAGCCUGGUUUCCAUAUGACGUUGACCUGUCGCCGACUCAUUGUUUGUAAUCAUCCAAGGUGAACGAGGACAAAAGAUUUUACGACAAUAAUACUUUGCAGACGUCGGCGUCAUAUGGAAACCAUACUUGCCGGGCCGUAGGCCGUAGCUAGACCGCUUAAUUGGGGAAUUUAUAUUCAUAUAUUUAUGCAUGUUUACAUACUAUAAAAACAAUCGCUUUCAAAAGAAAUCAGUCGGACAUACGACGAACAUGCAUCCCCAAAUUAAGCGUCUAGCUACGGCCCUGGGUACAUGUUGUUGUACUUUCUAACAUAGGUAUUGUAGCUACGUACAGGUAGAUUUUGUAGCUUAUUUUGUAUUAUAACAUCUUAUUUUAAUAAUAUAUUUAUUUAUUAUAUAGAAUACUAGUAGAAAAAAGAAGUGCCCUUUCUGUAACAAAUUAGUUGGAAAUGCUUGUCGACGGUGUUUUCAUUGCGGCUCUAACUUUCAACAAAGCAAAAAAAAACUUAAGUUGCCACAAGGAACCAAUCCUUCCAACCAAUGGGAUCUUUUGAAAAAAAGGGUACGAAAUAAGAAAUGUGUUGAUUUUCACCUUUCAUAUGGUGAUUUAACAGUCUCUUUGACUGAUACUAUCAAUAUGUUGACACUAUCUUGUUCGAUAAGCGUGAUAAACUGACUUAACAUACGUUUUGGAAUAUCAUUUAAUAAAAAUCAGAGAGGGCCAGUUGAAACAAUUGGGUUGAAAUAAUGUUCGCUUCAUCGUCACAUCUCGGAUGUGAAUUGAUUUCAAUACAGCAAAUGCCAUUGUUUUUCAACAUGGAGUUCGUUUUUUUGCUGAAAGGCAUAUUGGAGUUGCGCAUGUCUGUCUUUUAUGGGCUAUGAUCUGGCGAAUAAACCUCCCACUAUCCCAGCAACGAUCUCUCUUAUUCGCUAUUUUCUGUUGCUCAGUACAUGUAUCUAUUUAUUGUACGUCUUACCCAUUUAUCCUUUCAGGUAGAUACACUGCAUGUCAAUCAUGAAUACGACAUUAUCGUCAUGUUCCAUAAAUCGCAUGCUAGAGGUGACACCUGGGAUUGUUUUGGAACACCUGGAUUUAGUACAAGUCUGCUAAGUUCUAAGGCUGGUGCCAGCCUGAAAAACGUCUUUAGGCUUGGAAUCCUUCACGAAAAGACCAAUAUAAAGGAAGAUUCUAACUCUAGCACUAAUAUUAAUCUUACAUGCAACACGUCUACUAAUACUGCUCAUAUUCACACUAAUGUUAACCCUGUAACAAAUGCCGACGCAGACAUCCUCACUAACCUGGACACUAAUGUACAACCUAGAGAUAGUACUGAUAUCACUGACGCUAACAAUGAGACCAACUCGAACACUAUCAUUAAUAUAGGUUUUAAUUCAAACAGUAACACUAAUACUAAUGACAACUCGAAAGCUAACAGCAAUACUAAAUCUAACACCAACUUGAACACUGACGAGACUAACUUGAGCACUACCACUAACACACAUAGCAGUUCUAAUGUUAGCACCAAUUGCAGCACAAAUAGUAGCACUAAUACUAACACUUCUGUUACCACUAACAAUAUCGCUCGCCAUAACAUCAAUGCUGAUGUAAAUACAGAAAGUAAAAGGAAAAAUGUUGUGUUAAUAACAGCAGGAACUAAAGUUGGCCUUGUCGACUCCAAUAAAUGCGUGCAAGCAUGGGGUGUUGUGCACAGCCAAAAAACAGUUCAUGGAAAACCGUUAAAACAUGGCCAUGUUGUUAUUGAAAUAAAGGAAAUAUUGCCGACAUGUCAGCUAAAGCCGCCCUGCCCUGGAACUUUUGAUGAUCCUGAUAGAAUUCAUAUAGGAGAAUUUCAUUCAUGGCCACUAACUUCUGUUGCUUUACCCCUCAAGCCGGGUUCACACUUCUCCUAAGAGUCUGGGAUUCCCUUUAUCUGAGGUUGCAUAAGAUCCUUUGUCUAUCGGAAAAUAAUACAAUGAAUCCCCGAUUCUCAGGACAAGUGUGAACCAGGCCUUGAGCCUAGUCUUCAUAUGUCGUAAUUUAUCGGCGAUGUUCUAUACGACCCGAAAAUAUUUUACGCCUCAAUGACCACUUGGCAAUGGACAUCACUGAUGAAUAUAGAUUUUAAGGACCAGGCGUCGGUCGUACGAAGACCGGAUAGCGCUAUCCACCGAAUUCCAGCGGGCAGUCAAAUUUAUAAAAGUUGUUGAAUUAACCGCGAAUAAAGAUCACAUAGUUA